GCGGGGCUGAGGCUGGCGGGGACAGAUUGGUCCCGGGAUCUGUCUCGGGUUCCCCAAGCCCGCCGCCCCGUUCCCUGACGCCACCCCCCCGGGUAUGGCCGGCCUUGCCCUUGGGCGCUGUGGCCGGCCCUGGACCUGCCCGCUGCGCCCCAGAGGGCCGCGCUCCGAAGCCUGGCACUUUGACCCGAGGGACCGGGUGGGGGCAGCGGGCCGAGGCCUGGCACCCAGGCGAGAGAUAGAGACAGACUUUCAUCAACGUAGGGCGCCUUAAUGGAGAGAGCACUACAGAUUCGCGGGAGGAGAGGGGCCAGUCUUCUCAGCAACGGCCACCUCGCACACCUCCUCUCCCCAUUUGCACAAGGACUCGUUUCAAGAAGGCUGCUCCGUACAUAGUCAGCUUGCUUGUGGCAGAAUGAAGCUGUGGUCCCCAUCGUCAGGGGCCCAGACCGAGGCCAGAGCUACGGGCUGUAUGCUCCAGGCCUCAAUGAAGAGCCCAAACAUGGAGACAUUCAAGCAGCAGAAGGUGGAGGACUUUUAUGACAUCGGAGAGGAGCUGGGGAGCGGCCAGUUUGCCAUUGUGAAGAAGUGCCGAGAGAAGAGCACGGGGCUGGAGUACGCGGCCAAAUUCAUCAAAAAGCGGCAGAGCAGGGCCAGCCGGCGGGGCGUGUCCCGGGAGGAGAUCGAGCGGGAGGUGAGCAUCCUGCGGCAGGUGCUGCACCCCAACGUCAUCACGCUGCAUGACGUCUUUGAGAACCGAACCGACGUGGUGCUCAUCCUCGAGCUAGUGUCGGGAGGAGAGCUCUUCGACUUCCUGGCCCAGAAGGAGUCGCUGAGUGAGGAGGAGGCUACCAGCUUCAUCAAGCAGAUCCUGGACGGUGUGAACUACCUUCAUGCCAAGAAAAUUGCUCACUUUGAUCUCAAGGUCUGGUGUGACUGCUUUUGUCCACUGUGGCUCCCAUCCCCAUUCAGUGUGUGCUGUGCCUUGAGCACUAUGGUGGUCAGGAAGACCCCGGCUCUGACCCUCCUCUGCCCCAGAAGGAAGCUUCAGGGCCAUUCCCUGGAGGAGAGGCCAGAAAACAUUAUGUUGUUAGACAAGAAUAUUCCCAUUCCACACAUCAAGCUGAUUGACUUUGGCCUGGCUCAUGAAAUAGAAGAUGGAGUUGAAUUUAAGAAUAUUUUUGGGACGCCAGAAUUUGUUGCUCCAGAAAUUGUGAACUACGAGCCCCUGGGCCUGGAGGCUGACAUGUGGAGUAUAGGCGUCAUCACCUACAUCCUCCUAAGUGGAGCAUCCCCUUUCCUGGGAGACACAAAGCAGGAAACGCUAGCAAAUAUCACAGCAGUGAGUUACGACUUUGAUGAAGAAUUCUUCAGCCAGACCAGCGAGCUAGCCAAGGACUUCAUCCGGAAGCUUCUGGUGAAAGAGACCAGGAAACGGCUCACAAUUGAAGAGGCUCUCAGACACCCCUGGAUCACGUCCAAAGGAGAAGUCAGAGCCCCGGAACAGCAGAAGACAGAGCCUGCCCAGCUGAAGACCAAGCGCCUAAGAGAAUACACCCUCAAAUGCCACUCAAGCAUGCCUCCCAAUAACACCUAUGUCAACUUUGAGCGUUUUGCCCGUGUAGUGGAGGACGUGGCUCAGGUGGACCAGGGAUGCCGUGCCCUGGCAGGGACCCAUGACACCAUCCAGGAUGACGUGGAGGCUCUGGUCUCCAUAUACAAUGAGAAGGAAGCUUGGUACCGGGAGGAGAGUGAGCGCGCCCGGCACGACCUCUCCCAGCUCAAGUAUGAGUUCCGCAAAGUGGAGUCCUUGAAGAAGCUCCUACGAGAAGAUAUCCAGGCCACAGGGUCCAGCCUCGGAAGCAUGGCCAGGAAAUUGGACCAUCUGCAGGCACAGUUUGAAGCUUUAAGGCAGGAGCUCUCAGCAGACCUACAGUGGAUCCAGGAACUGGUGGGCAGUUUCCAGCUGGAGACCGGUGGACAACCAGCAAGCCCUGGUCCGCAGGGAGUCUGUGGUCAACCUGGAGAAUUUCAAGAAGCAGUAUGUCCGCAGGCGAUGGAAGCUCUCCUUCAGCAUCGUCUCCUUGUGUAACCACCUCACCCGCUCCCUGAUGAAGAAGGUGCACCUGAGGCCGGAUGAGGACCUGAGGAAUUGUGAAAGUGACACAGAGGAGGACAUCGCCAAGAGGAAAGCUCUCCACCCUCGGAGGAGAAGCAGUACCUCCUAGCUGGCCCGGCUCUCUCCUUGCAGACUCCGGGUCUCCGCUUGUCACCAGCACCUAGG